CAGCAGAGCAGGGUCGACCAGCUGGAUAUUAGCUCCUAAGCUAAAUGGACGCAUACUGACAUUUCUGGAUAUUUGGAUAUGACUUUACCUCCUGGUUGAGUCAUUUUUUCUUCUUUAUCUUUUCCGAUUGUCUGCUGAUGAAACGCUGAGAGAAGCUGUUUGGUAGAUAUAGGUACAUCUUUAAGACAGACUGUGUUGAGACUUGAAUGAUGUUGACCAUCCCUGUGAUCCUGGUGCCUCUGCUCCUCUCUUCUCCUUCUGUCUUCUCAUCUCCCCUGGCCAAGGAUGAGUCAGUCUGUGCCAGGACGUCCUGUGGUGCAGGUCGAGAGUGCGUGUCCACUGACAGAGGAGAACCAGUGUGCCGCUGUUUAGAGAGCUGUGGAGCUGCAGAACACUGGGUGUGCGGCAGUAACGGCAGAACUUACAGAAAUCACUGUGAGCUGCACAGGGAUGCCUGCGUCACACACACCAAGAUACAUGUGGAGCACAGUGGACACUGUGUGGAGAAACCACCAAAGACAGAUGCAAGCCCUAUUGUGUGUUUCUUGUCUGAUCGUGAUUGGCUGAGAGACAGAGUGAUCCAAUGGAUUCAGGAGGGGGUACAAUCAGAAAGCCCCGCCUCUAAUGUGUCCUCAGCCAAUGAGCUCCUGCAAACAUACUUCAAGAUGUAUGACGAUGGAGAUUCAGAGCUGGAUUCCAAAGAGUUCCUGAGCUUCCUGAAACACAAUGAGACAGCUCUCAACCUCACAUACUCUAAUAUUGUGGAGACUAACAUGCUACUGAGAUCUCUGUGUGUUGAUGCUUUGAUUGAGCUGUCGGAUGAAAAUGCAGACUGGAAGCUGAGUUUAACAGAGUUCAUCAACUGUCUGACUCCCACCUACCAUCCAUAUGAAAGACAGUGUGCUCUUGAGGACGAGGUGUUUGAGGAUGGAGCUGAAACCAGAAUGGAGUGCAACAAAUGUGUGUGUGCAUGUGGAAACUGGGUGUGCACUGCUCUAACCUGCACAGGGGAGCAUCAGAUAGAGGAGGAUUUAAAGGAUGGAGGUGAAGAAGAAGAAAUGACGGAGGAAGAGUGGAGCCGGAGAGUGGCUGAACUCAAUGCUUUACAAGUGGACAGUCAACCCUGAAAAGAUGCGAUGGGAAAUAAUACAGUAUACAUUAUAUUUCUAUUAUUCUGGUGGAAGUAGCCUCCAAUGCACUAUGGACAAUACAUUCUAAACAUUUCUGCAGCAUUUUAUGUCAGAUUUAGCAGCAUCUUGAGGUCAGUGAAGGCCUCUUUCACAUGUUCUAAUGGGGGACCUUUGCUGAACUCACUGCUCUACCAGCCAAUCAGUAGCUGAGCAGCAGAGAGUAUGUCAGAUUUCUACAGUCUUGAACUUUUGCAGAUUUAUUUGACAAGAAUCUGUUUCAGUGUGAAUUUACACUCUUUAUCAAGCUCUUGAUUUCACAUGUUUUCACAUAUUUGUCUGGAUUUUAUCAUUUAUAUUGUACGGCUGACGUUGAUUUGCAUUUUCACAGUUUUUUUAUUUUGCUUUGCCACUGUUUUUUCAUAAAGUUUUACUUUUGAUUUAUUAUAUUUUAAUAUAUAUAUAUUUUAAAAAUAGUUCCUCAUAAAUGCAAAAGGAUAAUUCCAUAUAACUAUUCAUCAAUUUUCUUAGAAUAAUCUGUAGGGGAUGGUCAGACACUCAAAGGGUGAGUCAGGGUAAGUUGUUUCAUUGUUGAUGAGAUGUUAUAUUUUUGGUAUUGUGGUUGUGAAAU